AUGUCAAGGCGCAACAUACCAAGACCCCGUCAUCGGUGUGGUGCCUGCAUAGUCUUACAUGCCCAAUGCCCUCCACGGUGCUUCUUUGCCCCAUACUUCAGCCACGAGGAAGGAGCUAUUGACUUUUCUGCCAUUAACAGAGUUUUUGGUGUCAGUAAUGCUUCCCUCCUUCUGUACCGACUUCUAGCAAGAGACCGGUCUGAGGCAGCUGUUUCACUUACCAUUGAGGCUUUAGCUCGGCUCCAAGAUCCUGUCUAUGGUUGUCCUGCUCCUCAACCUGAUCAAAACCCGAGUUGGAAUUUCGAUCUUCCUAUCAUUCCAGAAGAUGUCCAUCAUCCCAGUUUCUCAGAGGCUGCUCUUCCACCUUACCCUGGUGAAGCCAGCAGUAGCCAGAUGCCACCCCCAGAUGACAUCGAUGAGCUGGGAGCUGUUAUGUUUGGCAACCAUCGUCCUCACUGA